AACGUUGAUGCACUAAAUGAUUUAGAAGCUGCUCUAAGAAUAGAUCCUGAUAAUAUAACGGCACAUUUAUAUAAAGCAAAAAUAUAUUCCGAUAAAAAGAAAUUUCAUGAGGCACAAUUUGAAAUUAGUAAAGUAUUGAAUAAAAUUAAUUUCGUUCAUCCAAUCUUAUCAAUUUUAUUCGAAAAAUUUGAUAAACCUCAUAAAAUGAUUUUUGGAUUUGGAAAUUCUUUACCUAUUCGACUUUAUAAUACGGAUCAUGCUACGAUAUCUGGAUAUAUUUUAUUACAAUCAUGUAAUAAUAAAGAAAUAGUAAUGUCGUGUUGUGUUCAAGCUAUUAAUAACGAUGAUAAAAAUAUAAUAGCCAUUGGAAUCAAAGGAAUAUUAUAUUAUACAAUGGGUUCUUUCGGCAAAGCUUUAAUUUGUUUUCAGGAAAUUUUGAAUAUAUUUCCAAGCGCGAUCGCUUUGGAUUGUUACGAAAAAACAUAUCAGACGAUUGAAAAACAUAAUAAGAGAUGGCUUAAACGUAUCAAGAUGAACAUUUCGUACGACUUAAUGUUAUGUUAG